AUGAAAAUAGAGAAACGCAAAGAAAUCGACCGGUCGGCAAAGAAAAGACUCAAAGAAAGGUAUCUAUAUAGGAUUUAUGCUCUAUAUAACUCUAUACAACUCUAUACAACUCUAUACAACUCUAUACAACUCUAUACAACUCUAUACAACUCUAUACAACUCUAUACAACUCUAUACAACUCUAUACAACUCUAUACAACUCUAUACAACUCUAUACAACUCUAUACAACUCUAUACAACUCUAUACAACUCUAUACAACUCUAUACAACUCUAUACAACUCUAUACAACUCUAUACAACUCUAUACAACUCUAUACAACUCUAUACAACUCUAUACAACUCUAUACAACUCUAUACAACUCUAUACAACUCUAUACAACUCUAUACAACUCUAUACAACUCUAUACAACUCUAUACAACUCUAUACAACUCUAUACAACUCUAUACAACUCUAUACAACUCUAUACAACUCUAUACAACUCUAUACAACUCUAUACAACUCUAUACAACUCUAUACAACUCUAUACAACUCUAUACAACUCUAUACAACUCUAUACAACUCUAUACAACUCUAUACAACUCUAUACAACUCUAUACAACUCUAUACAACUCUAUACAACUCUAUAUAACCAUGCAUACUACCCCAUUCAAUCAAUAAAUCCCACUAAAACCAGGAACCACCGCGUACCUGUUAUAUGUAUGGUGUGA